UCCAUAACUGCCGGAUCUUUCAGGUUUACAAGACCAACUUCUUGUCGGCGGAAGAGUUAAUGAAAAAAAACCCUCCGGUGCUUGCUGUACUUGCGGAUGAAUAUGCAGUUUCAGAAGCUAACGUGGUGCUGAGGCUCGACGAGCGAAAAAAAUGUCUGCCUGAGGGAGACCCGUAAGUUCCUAUCGGGUGAAAAAUAAUAACUAUAAACAAAAUAAAAACAGAUAAAGAUACAGUAACCUGAAGAACUAACCAUCUUUGUCAAAGAGACUCAAGAUAACGGGCUCAAGCUUCGGGAAGGAGGGUGGACAAGAUCAAAAUAAACUUAAUCCCAAUUGUUGGAUGUUUAAACGGAAAAAAAGGAGCUGAUCGGAGUGGCUGAAGAUGAAUCCUCAGCAGCGGAUGGCCGCUAUAGGGACAGACAAGGAGCUGAGUGACCUGCUGGAUUUCAGUGCGGUACGCAAUGCUACGCGGUCUUCUUAUGACUUCUCCCACACGAUGUUUUCUCCACCUGUUAAUAGUGGGAAAACCAGACCAACUACACUAGGGAGCAGUCAAUUCAGUGGAUCUGGUAUCGAUGAAAGAUCAAGUGUGUCUUCUUGGGGGCAAAGUGGUCCACUCAGUCCAUCAUAUGAGUCUUCAAGGGGGUUUGCAGACAGCCCUCAUUACAGUGAUCACUUGAAUGACAGUCGAUUAGGUCCCCAUGAAGGAUUGUCCCCGACACCUUUCAUGAACUCAAAUCUGAUGGGUGUAGCUGUAAAUAAAGGCAAAUCCGAUGUGGAAGCAGUUGGACAAGAUGUCUCUGGUGUCUUGUUAAAACUAUAUGGUAAAGCAUCUGAAAGAGGACCAUUCCCACUAUAUGGCAGAGAUACAUCAGUGAAUGGCUGUCAAGAGGAUAUCAAGAAUGGAGGGGGAGCAGUGCCCAGCCUCAUUCGAACAGAUAUUGGACUUGGAAGCUCUGGUCAGCUGCCAUCCUCCGCAAAACCUGGAAGUCCAUAUUUUCCUUUUUCUGCAUCAAAUUCACGGCGAAGGCCAUUACAGGACACACCAGCAAUAGAUCCUGUACAAACAAAGAAAAUAAGAAAGGUCCCUCCUGGCUUACCUUCUUCUGUCUAUGCACCAUCCCCAAAUUCAGAUGAUUUUAACAGGGAAUCUCCAAGUUACCCAUCCCCUAAACCACCAAGCAGUAUGUUUGCUAGCACUUUUUUUCUUCAAGAUGGGUCUCAUAACGCCUCAGAGAUUUGGAAUUCAGCCAAUGGGAUAAGCCAGCCUGGACUUGGUGGAAUGUUGGGCAGCUCAUCUGCUCACAUGUCUCAGUCUGGCAGCUAUGGCAGUCUACAUGACCGCUUGAACUAUCCUCCACACCCAGUUUCGCCUACAGAUAUAAAUGCAAGUCUUCCUCCAAUGUCCAGCUUCCAUCGAGGUAGCACAACAAGUUCCUCCUAUGGAGCUGCUUCUCACACUCCUCCCAUAAAUGGAUCCGACAAUCUUUUAGGUGCAGGAAGUAGAGGAAAUGGAGCUGGGAGCUCACAGACAGGGGAUGCACUUGGGAAAGCUUUGGCAUCUAUUUAUUCCCCUGACCACACCAGCAGUAGUUUUCCUUCAAAUCCUUCAACUCCUGUUGGAUCACCUUCACCUCUGCCAGGUGCUAACCAGUGGUCUAGACAAGGAGGGCAAACACCUUCAUCUCCAAGCUAUGAAAACUCUCUUCACUCCCUGCAAUCUCGAAUGGAAGAUCGCUUGGAUAGACUUGACGAUGCUAUCCAUGUACUACGGAAUCAUGCAGUGGGACCUUCAACAAGCAUGGCUGCUGAUAUUCACAGUUUACUGGGUGCUGCCCAUAAUGGGUCCCUUGGAAGUCUGACUGCAAACUAUGGAACAUCUGGAUUAGUAGUGAACAGUCGGCAGACCUCAAUGAUAGGAAGUCAUAGAGAAGAAUCAGUAAGCCUGAACAGUGACCACUCGGUUCUGUCUAGUUCAGUUUCCGCUUCAAACACAGAAAUCAAUCACAAAACACAAGAAAAUUACAGAGCAUUAUCUGGUGCAUUGACAAAUCAGGCAAUGAUACCAGGUCUCAUAGAAGUAAAGUCAGAACACAAAGAAAAAGAAGAGAAUGUACAUGAUCCAGUCUCUUCAGAUGAUAUGAAAUCAGAUGACGAAAUGUCCCAAAAAGAAAUGAAAACUUCUAGAGGGAGAACAAGCAGUAUCAAUGAAGAUGAGGAUUUAAAUCCAGAACAAAAACUGGAGAGAGAAAGAGAAAGGCGGAUGGCAAAUAAUGCGAGGGAGCGCUUGCGAGUUCGAGAUAUCAAUGAAGCAUUUAAAGAGCUUGGACGAAUGUGUCAACUACAUCUAAAGAGCGAAAAACCACAGACAAAACUGCUUAUUCUUCAUCAGGCUGUAGCAGUUAUUCUUAAUCUAGAACAACAAGUUAGAGAAAGGAACCUUAAUCCAAAAGCAGCCUGCCUUAAACGAAGGGAAGAAGAGAAAGUUUCUGCCGUAUCGGCAGAACAAUCAACCACACAUCCAGGAGCUCAUCCUGGACUUACUGAUACUACCAACCCUAUGGGUCAUAUGUAAACAUCAGCCAGGACUCCUGAACUAUGAAUAUAGAAGGUGACCUUUCAUCACAAGGACACAGACAACUAACAUAUUGACGACACGUAUCUGACAAGUUAACCAGAAAAGCAAGGGAGGAUAAAAACUUGAAACAAGAAACCCAAAUUAUGAUCUAUUGAUGAAAGCACGUACUGAACACUUCUUAAAAUAUCUACCAAUCAUCUAAUAGAAUCUCAGUCCAUGAAACUGAUUAUACAUGGUUUCAGUGUGUCGUUUCUGCACAAUCAGACUGUCAUAUUUUCUCCACGCACCGUGGAAAAUGCCUUGUGCCUAAACUGAAUUGACAAAUGCAUUGUAUCUACAAAUUUUAUUUAUUAUUGAACUGUUGCAAAGGUCUUCAUGUAAAAGGGAAAAGUUGGGCUGAAAGUGAUAAUUAUUUCAGUUGAUGCCAGCAUUUGUUACAACUGUCCACAUACAGAAAACAAAGGCAGUGGCUACCGUUGACCCUUAGCAUUCCCAGCAUACCUAUUAGUGUCUUAAAGAAGGAAGGGCAAUGUCUUGUGAUGUCCUUUCCAUUACUUUUGCCAUACGGAUAGUGUUUUUCAUUUACUGCAAUAUAUUCCUUGGUAUAGUUCUUUCAUAAUUUUUUUAAUGUUAUUUUUUGUCUCUGGUAAUCUGAACAGUUAUGAUCAUAGUAAACCUUCCAUGCUAUGCUGCACAGUAGAAGUCCUUAGCAGCUAUAAAAAAAUAAGAAGGAGCAAUACUGUGACCUGGUACCAAUAUACAAGUGGGCUGUUUACGUUUGUUUUCUAGUUACCCAGCUGUAAAUUUUCUGAUAUAAAAGGGAAACACUUUUUGGAUUUAUAGAUGAGUAAAAUGUAAUUUUGGAACACACAUUUUGCUUGUUUUCCAGGCAAAUUACCUGCUACAUAUAAAAGCUAUAAAAAGGUGUUGGCUGUAAGUAAGCGCAAACCUUUAAGUGCAAAAUAUAUUUUUAAUUCAAAAUUUGUUGUGUGUUUACAAUGUUAUAUGCUUACCCUAGCAGGUUAGAUGAACAAAUCUAGAUGUUGACUAAACACAUUAUGAAACACAUAAGCAAUGAGCAUCACUUUUUGGUAGUACAAACUUACUAAUCUAAAUGCCGCAUAGGUGUGUGACUUUAUUAGUUUCAAACAGAAAACCAAUUUAAAGUGCAAUCCUGACUGUAAUCUAUUUAUUUCAGUAAUUGUGUCCUGGCAGAACACUUGUUUUCAAGUGUCUAUAUGUCCUUGAUCUUUUAAAACCCCUGCGGACAUCCAAUGUACAAGUCUUCCACUACAAUGUACAUGGGAGAAUAGACAUACAUACAAGGUUCGUUGUCCUGAACAAAAUAUUCCGUAAUUUAUGAGAUUUCUGAACAAAACAAUUUUAGGGAAUUUGAAAUGAUAUUUCAUUGGUCCCUCACAAAUCAAGUAGUUGUGAUGUAAGUGAAUAUUUCCUAUUGCUUAUAUAUCAACUUAUAUCAUGGGACUAUAUCUGUGGCCUUGUUCUUUAUUCAGUAUUUAUCAACUAAAGAGAUGUUGCUUAUGGUAUAUGACAGUGAUCACAUGCCACUGUCUGACCUUUUUCCCUUCUAAGCUUAUUUGUAUUUUUUCUUUCUUUUAUGUGUGUGGCUAUUUUAGACCUUGCAGUAUGCCCAGAAGCUUUCCUUCAUGAAAUAGAAAAAAAAAAAAAAAAAAAACAUUUGGCUUAUUUUUCACUGUAGUUAGUCUUUUAUACAAUAAUCUUGUAAGAAAAUUUCUUGAAUUCUAAAUAUUACUCUUUCUAGAUUUUUGAAAUCGAAAAAGUUUUCAGUAAAAAGUUUCUUACUUUAUUUUACUAUAUUAGGUAGUAAAAAUGUAGGGUUAUUUACCAUAACCUGUUCAUUAAUAUCAGAAAUUUACAAUAGCAUUUUAAGAACAUUGUAGGGUCCUAGCAUACUGUGUAGUACCUAUGGAGUAUUGUAAGAGCUAAUUGUCCAAGAUGAAUUGCUUCUCAUCUUGUUCUCCAGUUUCCAUUGUGGGUUUAUUGCAGAUUUGUACCCUGUGUCAAAUUCAACGUAUUGUUGAGAAACAUUUUCAACCAGCAGCAAGAAGUUCAAAAUUUCUGUCAAAGUAACAGAAACAAUAUGUAUAUAACAUUUAUGUAGCAAUAAAUGUGCCAUCUUUUUAAAAAAAAUAAUCAAA